GGAGAUGAAAAGAGAUUCCUAAGAAGGUGAAUAAACAGGAAAGUGACCCAAAACUCUCUGAGAUAGUGAUGUUUGAAAGUGGGAAAAAGAACCUAAUCACGCCCAAGAAUUUAUUUACCAACAAUAAAUCUCUGAUUUCCAAAUUUACUGAUAUGUCCAAAAAUGUGCGAACUGUUCUGAUGGAAGGAGUUCCUGGUGUUGGUAAAACUUUUCAAACAAAAAUGUUCAUGAAGGACUGGGAAAACAAAAAAUCCAACAAACACAUAAAGGCUUUAGUGUCCCUUGAAUUUGCUGAGUUGAAUACAAAGAAGGAUGAAGUAAAAAGCAUGAAAUCUCUGCUGAAUGAUUUCUUCAACCAAAGAAACGUUAGUGUUUCUAAAGAUGACAAGAAAAAGAUAUGUUUCAUUCUUGAUGGUCUGGAAAAUUGCAAACUUCCUCUUGACUUUGAAAACAACAAAAAAGUUAAAGACUUGAAGAAAGAAGCAUCAAUGGAUGAGCUGCUAACGAAUCUGAUCAAAGGAAAUCUGCUUCCUGAAGCUCAUAUUUGGAUAAUUUCUCAACCAAAAGGAGUUGAUAAGAUUCCUUCUAAACAUAUCAACAAAACUGUUCAAUGUCAAGGAGAGGCCAAGGAAGAAAAAUACCUGAAGGAAGUCAUUCUUGAGAAGGUGGGUCAACAGGAAAGUGACCCAAAACUCUCUGAGAUAGUGAUGUUUGAAAGUGGGAAAAAGAACCUAAUCACGCCCAAAGAUUUAUUUACCAACAAUAAAUCUCUGUUUUUCAUACUUCAUGGUAUGUCCAAAAAUGUGCGAACUGUUCUGAUGGAAGGAGUCCCUGGCGUUGGUAAAACCUUCCAAACAAAAAUGUUCAUGAAGGACUGGGCAGAAGAAAACUCCAAUAAACACAUAAAGGCUUUAGUGACCCUUGAUUUCGCUGAGUUGAAUACAAAAGGAUGAAAAA